UUUUAAUUCGUGCUAGUUGAUUUUGAAUCCUCCUUCCGGUACAGGUAGCAAAUGAAGGGAACCACGUGGUUCUUUCUACUCGGGCUGUUGGCCUUGGCGGCAGCCAAAAGCACUGCCAGAGACGAAGACGAAGAUCACGAUCACGGCUCGGAACUGGACUGGUGGGAAAACGGAGUGUUCUAUCAGAUCUAUCCGCGUUCGUUCAAGGAUUCGGACGGUGACGGGAUAGGAGAUAUCAAGGGAAUUUCGGAGAAGCUGGAGCAUCUGGCUGACCUUGGAGUAACGGGAGUGUGGUUUAGUCCGUUGUUUAAAUCGCCGAUGAAAGAUUUCGGUUACGAUAUUUCCGAUUUCGAGGACGUGGAUCCGAUCUUUGGUACGCUGCAAAACCUGAAGGAUUUGAUCAAGCAAGCUAAGGAGCUGGGCAUCAAAGUGAUCCUGGACUUUGUUCCGAAUCACACAAGCGAUGAACACGAGUGGUUCGUGGAAGCAAAGAAGGGUAACAAAGAUUAUGAAAAUUUCUACGUCUGGAAGGAAGGAAAGGGUAACGGACCACCAAACAAUUGGCAAUCCGUAUUCCAUACGGACGCAUGGACUAAACUGACAGUGAAUAAUCAGGAGAAAUACUAUCUGCAUCAGUUCGACAAAGGCCAACCGGAUCUGAACUACAACGAACCGAAAGUGAGGGAAAAAAUGACCAGCAUGAUUGAAUUCUGGUUCGACCUGGGUGUCGAUGGUUUCCGCAUCGAUGCAAUCAAUCACGUCUACGAGGACGAACAAUUCAAAGACGAACCACUGAUCGACGAGAAUGGUGAACUGUUCUACGAAAACUUGAAUCACAUUUACACCAUGAAUCAGGAUGCAUCCUAUGAGCUCAUCUACGAUUGGCGAGAGCUGUUUGACACGUGGUCAACCAAAUCCGGCAGCACCAAACUGAUGAUGACUGAAGCGUAUGCUGACUUGGAGCAUACUAUGCGUUGGUACGGUGAUGAGAAGCGCAAUGGAUCCCAGUUCCCGUUCAAUUUCGCGAUGAUCAAUCGAAUCACGAAUAGUUCGAAUGCAGCGGAGAUGAAGGUAAUAAUCGACGAGUGGUUGGAAAACAUGCCGAAUGGAGCAAGUGCGAAUUGGGUUCUGGGCAAUCAUGACCGCCCAAGAAUUGCGUCCCGAUUCGGUCGCGAUCGAGCUGCAAGUUUUGCCAUUUUGGAGCUAACUCUGCCGGGAAUGGCGGUCAUUUACUACGGAGAGGAAAUCGGCAUGGAAGACAAUCGGGCCAUCACGUUCGAGGAGACCCAGGAUCCGCAAGCGAAGAAUACCAACAAAGAAAUCUAUCAACUGUACACGCGGGAUCCGGUGAGGACCCCAUUCCAGUGGGAUAAUACAUCGUACGCGGGUUUCUCACCUGCUGCUACGGAAAAAACUUGGCUGCCGGUGCAUCCAAACUACCUCGAGUUGAAUCUAGCCGAACAGAAAGCGGCCGAUAAGAGCAUCUACAAACUGUACCAACGGUUGAUCGAGCUGCGAAAGGAGCACACUUUCGUGUACGGUGACUUUAGCUCGCAGGCCCUGAUCAACAACGUAUUUGCGUUUACGCGAACACUGAAGGACCACACUUCGUACGCCGUUGUAGUCAACAUGGCUCCGUCAACCGUCGAGGUCAAUUUGAAAACUCUUGACUCCAAAAUCGGCAAAGCGAAGGUGCUUGUUACCACACCAGAUUCCGAUUUGAAGGUGGAUGACGUGCUCACCAAUGUUGAAAAUUUGAAGCUAAAGAAUUUCGAUGCGGUAGUAUUCGAGAUAAGCAGCAGCAGUGCUGCGGUCGCCGGAUCAGUGUUGCUACUGUUGCUGGCAUCGGUGUUACGAUCUUUGCUGCAGUAAUCAUGGUGAGGGCUGAUCGAUAAUAGUAUUAGGUAUUUAUAUUGGAAAGUGAUAGAUGUUUCGGAAUCGUACUGCGACAAAGAACACAAUAAAUGAUUUUUGUUUCGAA